CUUUCAACUAGUUAUUGAUAGUCGUUUAGCUAUAGAUUAUUAGUUAAAAUGAAGAAAUAAAAAUCAUUAGUCUGAAAACCGUUAUUGUGUGAUGAGACCAGAAGUGCAUUUGGGUAUUAGAAUACCUGAUAAAUAGGACUCGAAGAUAACUCAGAUGUUAUAAAAUGAUGGCCUUAGAAAAAUUACAACUACUUAUUUGGAAAAAUGUCCUUCUACAAUACAGACGCAAAUGGCAGACAUUAUUUGAAAUAGCAACUCCUAUAUUUUUUUGCUUUUUUCUAAUACUUAUGAGAUAUUUAGUGCCGCCCAAAGCAAUACCGGCUAAAACUUACACAUCCUUUGAUGUCACCUAUUUCAAUAAGACAAGGGGAAAUCUGUCAUCAGCUGACAUGGUAUUGGCAUACUCACCAAUAAAUCAAUUGACUGAAAAAGUUGCAAUCAAUGCUAUGGCUGAACUUGCUCGAGAUUCAAUUGAUCCUGAUCUUUUUUUUUUUAUAUCACUUGCAAUUUCAUACACUCCUAAAGGAUAUAAAAAUGCCAAAGAUAUGGAAGCAGCACUAAUACAGCCCAAUGCUAUGAAUAGCAUUUUGCUUGGUAUACAAUUUGAUGAUGAAAUCGCUAAUGCUACGUCUUGGCCAGAUGAUAUAAAAAUAACUUUUAGAUUUCCUGCUGUUAUGAGAUCGACAACGUCUGAUCAUCAAAUGCAAUUGAGCUGGCAAACAAACUUACUAUUUCCAUUGUUUCCGAAUUCUGGUCCACGAGAACCAGAUGAUCAAUAUGGAGGAACUUCGCCAGGUUACUUCUCGGAACUAUUCUUGUUCAUGCAGCACGCAAUUUCCAAAAGCAUCGUAAAAGAGAAGACCGGGAAAAACAUUGAUACCAAAAUAUAUCUACAGCGUUUACCUCAACUUGAAUCUAGGGUGGAUCAGCUACUGUUCAUUUUACAAAGAUUUGUAUCCAUAGCUAUAAUGCUGGGCUUCGUCUAUACAUUCGUGAAUACAGUCAGGGCUGUCACAACUGAGAAAGAACUGCAGCUAAAGGAAACAAUGGCAAUUAUGGGUCUACCGUCUUGGCUGCACUGGUUAGCGUGGUUCAUCAAACAAUUUUCAUUCUUACUUGUGACUAUUGUCAUAAUGGUUAUAUUGUUUAAGAUUCCGUUAUCUGAAACUGAAACAGGAGUGUCGUACUCCGUGUUCACCUACACGCCGUGGUCGGUCCUUUUAUUCUUUUUGAUUCUAUUCGUCAUUGCAUCAUUGACAUUCUCUUUUAUGAUAAGCGUUUUCUUCACUAGAGCAAACACCGCCGCGUCUUUUAUGGCUCUCAUAUGGUUCGCAACGUUCGCAGUCUUUAUGUUCACCCAAAUGAUUAACGAGACCAUGUCUGCCCCAGUUAAAAUAACACUAUGUUUGUUAUCAAACACUGCCAUUGGAUACGCAUUCCAGAUGAUUAUCAUUGCCGAAGGAACGAUGCAAGGUUUACAAUGGGCCAAUUUCUUUGAGCCGAUCUCGUACAGUGAAAACUUUCAACCGGCCCAUGUAGCCUUUAUGCUAAUAUUGGACUCCGUGAUGUACAUGGCGAUUGCCGUGUAUGUGGAAAACAUACGACCCGGAAUGUACGGAGUACCGUUGCCUUGGUACUAUCCUUUCACUGUUAGUUAUUGGUGGCCGAACAGAAUAUCUGACACAAAUCGAGAGAAAACAUCUGACGAUCUUGAAUAUAAUGAUGCAUUAUUGUCGGUGGUACACGACGAGGAACCCAAAGGCGUUCCCAUUGGCGUAAACAUUCAAAAUCUCACAAAAAGAUAUAAGGGACGGGGGAAAGCUGUCGAUAAUUUAAAUCUUAGACUUUAUGAAAACGAGAUUACAGUACUUCUGGGUCACAAUGGAGCGGGGAAAACGACAACGAUUUCUAUGUUAACAGGAAUGGUCCCUCCAACAUCAGGAUCGGUAACGAUCAAUGGAUAUGAUAUCGUGACGGAAACGGAAAAAGCUAGACGUUCUCUUGGAAUAUGUCCUCAACAUAAUGUACUGUUCCCUGACCUGACCGUAGCUGAACAUUUAAUUUUUUAUUCAAAGCUAAAAGGGAUUCCCGAAUCAGAAAUCAAUGAAGAAAUAGAUCAUUUCGUCAAACUUCUCGAAUUGGAUGACAAGAGGCACGCGGCGGCGUCGAGCCUGUCGGGCGGGCAGAAGCGGCGGCUGUCGGCGGGCUGCGCGCUGUGCGGGCGCUCGCGCGUGGUGCUGCUGGACGAGCCCACGUCGGGCCUGGACCCGGCGGCGCGGCGCGCGCUGUGGGACCUGCUGCAGCGCGAGAAGCGCGGCCGCACCGUGCUGCUGACCACGCACUUCAUGGACGAGGCGGACGUGCUGGCCGACCGCGUGGCCGUGCUCGCCGCCGGCCGCCUGGCCUGUCUGGGCUCCCCCUACUUCCUCAAGCGCCACUACGGACUCGGCUACAAGCUCGCGCUCGUCAAGGACGCCGCCUGCCAAGUCGAUCUUGUCACUCAAUUCUUCAAAACAUAUGUCCCUAAUCUCAAGAAAAAUUCAAAUAUCGGCUCAGAAUUAACUUACAUUUUACCUAGUGAGAGUGUAAGUAAAUUUCCCGAAAUGCUCAAAAAACUUGAAGAAAAGAAAGAGUCUUUAUUUAUAUCAAGCUACGGGUUAUCAGUGACUAGCCUUGAGGAAGUUUUUAUGAAAGCUGGAAUCGAAGAUAACAAUGUUGAAAUAAAAGAAACUAAAGGAGAUAUCGAAAUGAUUGAUAUGAAUGGGGACAUGUUGAAAGAUAAUGAGCCUUUACAUAAAACGCAAGGGUUUCAUUUACUGAAGAAUCACAUAAAAGCUAUGUUCUUGAAACUGAUGUACAACACGUUGAGAAAUAAGACACUCGCUGCAAUACAAAUAAUAUGGCCGAUAAUAAACAUUAUUUUAUCGAUGAUAGUUUCACUAUCUUGGAAAUUCUUGAAUGUAUUGCCCCCGCUUGAACUAAGCCUGGAGAGUGGAUUUAAAGGAACCGAGACAUUAGUAUCGCAAGGUAACGAUUUGAGAGACGGCAGUACUGAAGCUAAUGUCAUGAUGGCAUACAAAGAUUAUUUCAAACGAUCAACGUACCCCGGCUUGAAGUUAUAUGAUGUUGGAACAUCUAACUUAAAAAACGUCUAUUUGAAACUUAUCGCAGAAGAUCAAUCUCGAGUACGAUAUGAAGAUCUAGUGGGAGCUACAUUUCGUAAUAACAGCAUAACAGCCUGGUUCAGUAACUACGGUCUUCAUGAUUCUGCUAUCUCGCUUUCACUAGUCGAGAACGCAAUAAUUCGUUCUCUGUCACCCAAUACAACUUUGACAUUUGUCAACCAUCCGCUACCAUAUUCAGUUGAAGGAAUGGUUCAAGUAAUGUCUACCGGAACAAACACCGCCUUCAUGUUUUCUUUUAGCCUGGGAUUUUGUAUAGCGGUUAUAAGCUCUUUUCUGGUUCUCUUUGUAAUUAAAGAGCGCAUCAGCGGUGCGAAACUUCUCCAAAGAGUAUCAGGAGUGCGACCGGUAGUAAUGUGGAGUACUGCCCUCAUUUGGGAUUGGAUUUGGUUGUUUCUGAACCACAUUUGCAUUAUAGUCACUAUUGCGUGCUUCCAAGAAAUGGGAAUGUCGACGCCUGCUGAACUUGGUCGAAUUUUAUUAGUUCUGAUGGUGUUUUCAUUGGCAAUUAUACCUUUGCACUACCUCGCAUCGUUCUGUUUCGAAGAAGCCGCCACCGGUUUCAGUAAAAUGGUGUUUGUAAAUAUAUUUUGUGGUUCAAUGUUGUUCCUUGUCACUGAAGUAUUACGGAUGCCUUUCAUAAAUGCUUCUGCUUACGCAGAAAUACUUGAGUAUCCAUUUUCAUUGUUACCAAUCUACUGUGUCAGCAAGAGUGUCAGGGAAAUGGUGACAUCUUCAAUAAAGAUUAAAGCCUGCGACAGCUUAUGCAACCAAUUAAAUUAUAAAAAUUGCACACGACUAACUAUAUGCAAUGAACUAGACAUAUCCAUGUGUUGUAUUGAGGAUAAUCCAUUUUUAGGGUGGAAGGAACCGGGUAUUGCAAGAUAUCUAUUUACUAUGAUAGUAGUAGCGACUGUGUCAUUUGCAAUAUUGCUAGCUAAGGAAUACGAACUUUGGAACAAGGUCUUGUACAAGAAACAAGAAGAGACUAUGAUGUUAUCUGGUACAAAACCAAAAUCCAAUGAGAGUAAAAAGGUUGAAGUAAAUGCAGAAGUUGAAGAUGAUGAUGUUGUGGAGGAAAAACAGCGUGUUCUAGCAAUGACAAGUAGUGAGGUCACCGCACUCAGCCUCGUGUGUCGCGAGCUGAGCAAGCGCUACCGGCGCCUCGUAGCCGUCGACCGACUCACGUUCGCGGUGCGCGGCGGAGAGUGCUUCGGCCUGCUCGGAGUCAACGGCGCCGGCAAGACCAGCACCUUCCGCAUGCUGACCGGCGACGCACGCGUGUCGGACGGCGACGCGCUCGUGCACGGACACUCCGUGCGAGCACACGUGCAGGACGUGCACCGCCUCAUUGGUGAGUUGACCCUAUUACACAUCAGCUCGGUCCGCAUGCUGACCGGCGACGCACGCGUGUUGGACGGCGACGCGCUCGUGCACGGACACUCGGUGCGAGCACACGUGCAGGACGUGCACCGCCUUAUUGGUUACUGCCCCCAAUUCGAUGCACUGUUUGACAAUUUAACCGCAAGGGAGACAUUGAAGAUUUUCUGUUUGCUGCGUGGCAUUCCUACGUCAAUAGGCGAAACUCAUGCCGUUCAUCUUGCUAAACAAUUGGGAUUCAUAAAGCACUAUGACAAGAAGGUUCGGGAAUGUAGUGGCGGAACAAAACGUAAAAUCAGUACAGCGGUCGCGUUGCUCGGUGAUUACCCAGUUAUAUUCCUGGAUGAGCCUACGACAGGCAUGGAUCCGGCGUCGAAGCGGCUCGUGUGGCGCGGCAUCAGCAGCGCGGUGGGCGGCGGGCGCAGCGUGGUGCUGACGUCACACAGCAUGGAGGAGUGCGAGGCUCUCUGCUCCAAGCUCACCGUCAUGGUCAACGGCAGGCUCUGCUGUCUCGGCUCGCUGCAACAUCUCAAGAGCAAAUUCUCGCAGGGAUACACAAUAAUCGUGAAAUGUAAAUCGGGUCCAAAUCGAGACGCAGCAGUGCUAGAUGUCCACAACUAUAUGACUACAAAUUUUGUUGGUGCUAACCUCAUCGAGACGUACCUGGGCAUGAGCACGUACCACGUGUCGUCGGCGGGGCUGCCGUGGUGGCGCGUGUUCAGUGCGCUGAACUAGCACUGUUUAAUGAAUGUGCAGUUAGUUGCAUCACGUAGAGUGAGGGGGUACAAUAGUGGUAACGUUGUGUUCCCAGCGAGACGUACCUGGGCAUGAGCACGUACCACGUGUCGUCGGCGGGGCUGCCGUGGUGGCGCGUGUUCAGUGCGCUGAACUAGCACUGUUUAAUGAAUGUGCAGUUAGUUGCAUCACGUAGAGUGAGGGGGUACAAUAGUGGUAACGUUGUGUUCCCAGCGAGACGUACCUGGGCAUGAGCACGUACCACGUGUCGUCGGCGGGGCUGCCGUGGUGGCGCGUGUUCAGUGCGCUGAACUAGCACUGUUUAAUGAAUGUGCAGUUAGUUGCAUCACGUAGAGUGAGGGGGUACAAUAGUGGUAACGUUGUGUUCCCAGCGAGACGUACCUGGGCAUGAGCACGUACCACGUGUCGUCGGCGGGGCUGCCGUGGUGGCGCGUGUUCAGUGCGCUGAACUAGCACUGUUUAAUGAAUGUGCAGUUAGUUGCAUCACGUAGAGUGAGGGGGUACAAUAGUGGUAACGUUGUGUUCCCAGCGAGACGUACCUGGGCAUGAGCACGUACCACGUGUCGUCGGCGGGGCUGCCGUGGUGGCGCGUGUUCAGUGCGCUGAACUAGCACUGUUUAAUGAAUGUGCAGUUAGUUGCAUCACGUAGAGUGAGGGGGUACAAUAGUGGUAACGUUGUGUUCCCAGCGAGACGUACCUGGGCAUGAGCACGUACCACGUGUCGUCGGCGGGGCUGCCGUGGUGGCGCGUGUUCAGUGCGCUGAACUAGCACUGUUUAAUGAAUGUGCAGUUAGUUGCAUCACGUAGAGUGAGGGGGUACAAUAGUGGUAACGUUGUGUUCCCAGCGAGACGUACCUGGGCAUGAGCACGUACCACGUGUCGUCGGCGGGGCUGCCGUGGUGGCGCGUGUUCAGUGCGCUCGAACUAGCGCGGGACUCGCUGCCGCUUGAUGACUACUCGGUCGCGCAGACAACACUCGAGCAAGUUUUCCUCGCAUUUACAAAGCUCCAACGUCCUAUAAAUUAAUAAUAUACUAAAAUAACAUUUUGAUAGUUACCAGUAUUUUUUUGAAUAUUUUAUAUAAAACCAAAUUUAUACCUUUAUUUAUUAAGUCCAUAUUACUUGUGUAUGUGGUGUACCUUGUGCAAUUCAAUCAAGUCUCCGACCUAGGCACUGUUUUAACAAUUCUAGAUAUAAGCUAUUGACUUAAAGUUUGUGGAUCAUUUACAAAAGUACAUAAAUAUUGACUGCACUUCUGAACGUUAAAAACGUUGUGCUGUAGUUGCUUCGAAUCGUAAAAUGUUUUAUUAUAAGUCUUAAAUUCAUGCUUCGAUAUUC